UGCUGAUGCAGAUCUGCCCGGCUAUAUGCGAGCGGAGGAGAAGAGGAAAGGGAUGCCGAAAAAAUAGAACUCCUCAGCACUAUUUUUUCGCACAUUUUUCUACUGUAGAAGACGGAGACCAGCCCUACGACACCCUCUACGGAUUAAUACCUAUCUUCACUACUGAGUGAACUUGAGCGCGUGCUGUCAUCGCCACAGAAACGGAGGUGAACGCGACAAUUUUUUAGGAGAAAAGCGACCAUAUUGAGGUCAGAGGAAAGCGUUGCCAAGGCGACCAGCUUGCUAGGGAGGAAACUGCGGCGCGCGUCCCACGCCGGGAACGAGCGUGCGUGAAUGCGAGGGUGCGCACGCGCGGGCGACAGCUAGCUGAGGCAGUCACGGCAUCCACACAGCGGCAGCGGCAGCAGAGGCAGCAUCUUUCCACGCAAGACUACCAGAACACCAUGCAGUCCAUGACCGCCGUUACCGAGACGAGCUAAAGCAAGCCGAGGCUCGCACCGCCACUUGAACCGGUGAACGGCGGUGUCAGAGGUCUCCUUCAGGGGAUUUAUUGAGGAUUUAUCGACGACGUCCCAGAAAAUAAGGCUCAAAAUCACAGCUACCAUUCGUCAACACAGGUGACACUUUUCCCGGCUGUCAAAUCUGCCGAGACACCGCAGACACGACUUACUUAGGGUUGAUUUUUUGUCGUUUUAAGGCCUCGAUAAAAACAGACAUUCCUUCUGAGGCUAACCGGACUGUCAGCCUAGACAUGAAUACAGCCUAUUGCCGUGCAGUAGAAGACGGGGAAGGAGCCGAGCCUGCCUGCUCCGAUGGGGAGUCAUACUAGGCUGCUGGAUGUGAUGUGUGAUGCAGUACAGCAGCUUUAUGUUUGUCUCCAGUCGAGUCCCACCUGCCGGCCCGGUUGGAUUGAACGAGAUAGUUCUGUAGGACGGCAUUUUUGAAGAAUUCAGUGGCUGUAAGAAACGCCAAUCAAAUGAUCUGGAUAAUAGAAGACCAAUAGGGAUGGAACGCAACAGAACCAUGGCUGGGGAAGAGUUUCGGCUCCUUGUUGCUCAAAAUCAACACUGACCUGACAUCCCACACCGGGGGGCCAGGCCUCCUUUCUCCAGCACCCCAAAGACCCUUCUUUCCCCCAGCAACUGCUUUGCCUUCCAUCUCACCUUCUCUCUUGACCAGACCUCCGUAAAAGCUCCUUUUACUCUUCCAGGGUCUGCCUGCUUUUGUUUUUAAUCGCCCUCCUAUGCUUUACCUUCCAGAGUGUUGGUCAUAAUCCCUAUUCUCUCUGAAAAAGACUGAAGUGCUCCAAAACAGACUAGAGGCAGGUGGCUGAACAGUAUGAAUCCAGUCAUGUACCCCCUUCCACUUGCUCUGAGUAAACAAAGGCGGCAAGCUUUGUGGUCCAGGACGCGGCCCCUUAGUCUCAUGACAGACUGGUGCCUAAUGGGUGUGCUAGGCCUCAUCCUCUUCUUCAGCCUGGCCUCGAGCCAGAAGCUAGACCCUUCCAAACACCCCAUCGUCACCACCAACUACGGCAAGAUCCGAGGCAUCAAGAAGGACUUAAACAAUGAGAUCCUGGGCCCUGUGGAGCAGUACCUAGGCGUCCCCUACGCCACGGCACCCAUCGGCGACCGCCGCUUUCAGCCGCCCGAAGCCCCGGGAUCCUGGCAGGAGAUCCGCAACGCCACCCAGUUUGCCCCCGUGUGCCCUCAGAACGUCCACGGCGUGCUGCCGGAGAUUAUGCUGCCCGUGUGGUUCACAGACAACCUGGACGUGGCAGCGGGUUACAUCCAGAACCAGAGCGAGGACUGCCUCUACCUCAAUGUCUACGUGCCCACGGAGGAUGGUCCGCUCACAAAAAAACAUGAUGAAUCUUCAAUGAACAAGCCUCGAGACGAAGGUAUUUUUGUUGCAUGUUUUUCCUUUUUUCUUGUUUUGAAGUCUUUUUGGGGGAUGUGUACACACAUAGAGUGGAAAACACACACACGCACACCAAGUCACACAUCUCUUAGGUGGGACUUUGGAUAUGAGAUGCAUACCUACAGUAUGUGUUGGUGUAAGUGUAUGUGCUGA